CAAUAUGAAUAAAUGAACAGGCGAGGUCAUUCGGGUGCUUCAGCACCCAGCUUAGCGGAGAGCUCCUCGGGAUGGCGACGUCAGUGUCGGGCGCUCGCCUCCGCUCAGGUUCACCGCGCUGCUCACUUACACGAGCGUCGUCGCCGUCUCCUGGCGUGUAACGCGGAGCUCGCGACUGUGUCCAGGGAUCAUGCGGCUCCAGUACCUUGUCGUCGGUGGCCGCCACAGACGGCAGCACCAGAUGGAGGAGGCGGUCCUCGGCCUGGCUCCUCAGCGCCGAGCGGCCACCCAACCACCACCCGCACUGGUAGUAGAGAGUUCCGGCCGCAGCACCGACUCCCGCCCCGGCGGCUAACACUUUGACAGCCGAGGGGCCGCUGCCGCUUCUGAGAGACGAGACGAGCCUACGAAUGGCCGCCAUGACUGUUUACACCGCGCUGUGGUGAGUGAGUGAGUGAGUGACGCGCAGGCUCGCGAGACACGGCGUGAGUGCUUCAGGACCCCGUGGGAAUACAGAGCGCUGGAGAUGUUUUUUUUUUUUUUUUUUUUGGUAACAACCGGUAAAGAAGUUGAUGAAUUGUUUUGUGAGCCUGGGUUUUUAGUGAAGGUGACGUCAGCGUUACGUUGUGCUUGUUUCACUUGUUUCUUGCUGAAGCGGGCAGCCCCGCCCACGGUUCCUCCUGUGGGUUUGCACCUGCCUCACCGCUGCUGCCACUCUGAGCGUGAACGCACCAGCGGCCGCUUCUCUCUGUCCUGCUGUGCCGCCUUCACGGACCACUGGGGCAUCGCCGCGGACAGGUAUGCAGCAUGUGAGCCGCUUCUCCAGAGCGCCGAGUGAGCAGUGAAAGUGCAGGCUCGCUGUGCGGUUCGAGGCAGCGGAGGAUGUGAUCAUGCGCUAGGUGCUGCCAGGUAUUCUUCAACAACACUUCUCUCUCAACUUGGAAACCAUGGCCGCCGCCGCCGCCGCUCUGGGGGAAGUUGGAGGCGUCCUGCACGGCAUUGAAGGCAUCACGCAUGUCGGGUCCCACUACCUGCUGACCCCUCUGGGGGACGGUCCCACCCUGCUGGGGGAGCACCUGAUCACCGGAGAGCGACUGUCCCGCAGCACCGCAGCGGAUCUGACCCACCUGAAGGGGAUCCUGAGGAGGAGACAGUUGUACUGCAGGACUGGCUUUCAUCUGGAAAUACAUCCGGACGGAUCCGUGCAAGGGACCCGGAAAGACCACAGUCGUUUUGGUAUUUUGGAAUUUAUAAGCCUCGCCGUUGGCUUGAUAAGCAUUAGAGGAGUGGACAGUGGACUCUAUCUGGGGAUGAAUGACAAAGGAGAGCUGUAUGGUUCUGAGAAGCUCACCGCCGAGUGCGUCUUCAGAGAGCAGUUCGAGGAGAACUGGUACAACACCUACUCGUCCAACCUCUACAAGCACGGAGACAAAGGGACUCGCUACUUUGUGGCGCUGAAUAAAGACGGGACACCGAGAGACGGGACUAAAUCUCGGAGACACCAGAAAUUCACACACUUCCUGCCCCGGCCUGUGGAUCCAGACCGUGUACCGGAACUGUACAGAGACAUCCUGGGCCACAGCUGAGACUGGUGGAAGUCCGGUCCAGAUCAGGAGAAUCUGCUGCAGCCUUCCCAGGGCAGACGGGCGGGGGACUGGUGGUGGACAGCGGCCUGGCAAGAAGGCACCGGGGCCUCUUGUAGGAAUGCUCUCGGCGGCAGGACGACAGGCGGGAAUGUCUGACUCUGUCAGCCAGAGCGCCCUCCACAUGAGGCGGUCAUUUGUUCCGGCGGACCGAUCACCGCUAAAGUACCUGCGUGGAGGUGGAAGGAAGCUGACGACGGAAACGGAGAUGAGUGAUCGGGAAGUGUUUUCCCGAGAGUUGGAUCCAGGACAGCGGUUUGUUCAGAAGGACUUUGAAGGAAAAACAAAAUGUCUUCUAGAUUUUUACGGGAGCAGAGUGUAACAAUUUAUUUAUUCAUUUUAGAUCUCUAUAUUUAUGUUAUAUAUUUAUUUAUUUGAGAAUAUAUUUUUACAUUUAGAAAACCACUACGGACUGUAUGUAAAGACUGAAACACUGUAUUGAUUUCUAUCGCUGUUAAUGUGACAUGACCCAAAAUGUUGACAAAAUUUAGAAGUAUAUACAUCACAAUCAUGUGACUUUUCUGAGCAUAUUAAACUGAAGCCCUCUGUCACAGACGAGAGUUAA